AUAUUUGUUAAUAUAAAUAUAAAUGAGAAAUGAUCCUUUAUCCAUCUUUAUUCCAUUUUUUCUCGAUCAGUGGUGUUUGUUUGAGCUUUCGUCUCUCUUUCUUCUGCGCCGAUUAUAUAAAAGAACCAAAUAGAUCGUAUCGGAAGAUUAGAUGGAGGUUAUGGUGGGUUCAUCGUUUGGAAUCGGUAUGGCGGCGUGCGUUAGAGAUCGUGGCGGUGUAUCGGCGCAGGAUAAGGCCGUACCGCCGCCGGCUCUGUUUAUGGCGGAUGAAUCGGGACGAGGAGGUGGAUCGCAGAUCGGGCUUGCCAGCCGUCUCGGGUUAAGUAUGAGUAACAAAUCAGCGGAGGAAUCGUCGGAGGAUAGCUCAUCGUCGAUCGGAGAGAUCAGCGAUAACGAGGAGGAGGACGAAGACGACGACGUUUCAUCACAAGGAGAAGGAGGAGCCCUUGAUUCGUUUAGUUCCUCUUUAGAAGACUCUCUACCGAUUAAGAGAGGGUUAUCAAACCAUUACGUGGGUAAAUCAAAAUCUUUUGGGAAUUUAAUGGAAUCUAGCAACAUCAACGCAAAGGAUCUGGAAAAAGUAGAAAACCCGUUCAAUAAGAAGAGGAGGUUGAUUAUUGCAAAUAAGCUGAGGAGUAGAGGAAGAUCUAUGUCAGUUUCCAGUUUCUACACUUGGCAAAACCCUAAUUCCACGCCUUUACUUGCACUCCAAGAACCCAAUAAAGUGGAUGCUGACGGUGAUAAUCAAACUAUCAGUUUGUUUGAGAGGAGGAAGAUGAUGAUGAAGAGUAAGAAAGAUUUGAUGGCUCAGACUCAAAGUUGUUUCUGUCUAAGUAGUUUGCAAGAGGAAGAUGAUGAUGGUGGUAGUUGUGAUGAUAAUGAGUGAUAUAUAAUUCUCGUUUUUAAUUACAGGAUGUUUUAGUGGUGGAGGAUUUGAUUUGUUAAGAAUAUUAUUAUUUAUUGGCAACACAUUAAGACUUUCAUCA